GCCGGUCCCGGGCUACCUUUACCAGACCCGAGGCUUGACCGGGCCUUGGCCCGGCCCGGGUCCAUCACUAAGUCUGGUACUGGCCUACUGGGUGGAUGGGUUGGAUGAAAAUGUGGAAGUUUGCUAUUCCACCUAAAGUUAAAAAAAUUCUGGCAAGCGUGUAACCAGGGGCGGAGCUAGAGGGGUGGCCAACCGGGCCACGGCCCGCCCCAAAUUUGAAAAUUCCUUGUAUUUUUAGUCUAAAAAUUUAUGUUAAAAAAAUUAUCUGGAAAAUUCUUUGUACCGGCCCAGCCCAACCUUCAAUCCUAGCUACGCCCCUGCGUGUAACAUAUGUCUCUCUACUCCCUACCUAAGAAAGAUAAGGGUAAAUAUUGCAGGGGUUUGUAGUGUUUGCGGAAAGAGAAGGAAUCUGUCAUGCAUCUCUUGGUCUCAUGUGAGGCGGCGGCAGAAUUGUGGAAGGGGUUUGGGUGGGAUUCUGUUGGUAGGGGGCUACGAGUUUCAUUCAGUAGGUGGAGGAGUUCUGCAAGAGAAAUGUGGAGGAGUGAAGCAGGAUGGUGAUCCUUUAUUGGGGGUUAUGGCAGGCAAGAAAUGAGAAAACUUGGCAAGGCAAGGUCUGGUGCGAGGCUGGUUCGUGGAAAGAGCAGAGGCAUUCUGGGAAGGAUGGAAGCUGGCUCCAGCAAUGCACCCACAGUUAUCUUGUUAUGGAAGGAACCGGGAAUGCACCCGCCAUGGGUACAGGUUGUCGGGGCUUUGGCUGGGUUGUUCGGGACUCUUCCAGGGAAUUCGUGAAAGGUGCUGCAAAAUGCUGGACAGCAGAAUGCAGCCCUCGUGAAUCGGAGAUUAUCGGCAUUCGAGAGGCUUUGACAUGGCUGUGUAACCAAGGAUGGGAUCGGGUGGACGUGGAGUCUGAUGCCCUUUAAGCUAUUAAUGAAUUUCAUGAUGGGAGAUCCCGGAACUCAUUUGGAUUGAUUGGGGGAGAUAUUACAGUCUUAUUAAAAUAUUUGAAUUGUAUUAAAUUUUAGGGAAAAUUACUAUGGGAUAUUACCCGAAAUAGGACAAAAAAGGUUUCAAAAUUCCAAAACAGGACUGACAUAUUUUUAUUCCCAAAAAAGACUACUUACUGCCAUGUUUUGGCAGUACCAG